CGCAGCACUACAGGAGAUGCUGGAUACCGGAGCAGUGCAAGAGUCCCAGAGUCCAUGGGCCUCCCCCGUCGUCUUGGCUCCGAAGAAGGACGGCUCGGUACGACUUUGCGUGGAUUAUCGCCGCCUCAACGCAGUGACGGAUCGUCACUGCCACCAAGAGCGUUCCCGCCACGCCUAUCAUUUCAGGCGAUUGGCGGCACGCUUCCCGCCGCGCCGUGAGCGUGCCUCCGUCGCGACUUGGACUGUGCUGGUAGAGGACCGCCCGGUGGGCUGGGCCUCAGCGCUACGCUGGAGGGAGCAGCCCCGGCCCGAGCGUGGCGCGCCCCCGGAGUCCGUCCCCGAGCCUUUCCGGGGCAACACGCUGGAGGACCGGCACCCGCACGAGCCCGCGGCCGUAUACAACGAGGCGGAGCGCCGCCUGCUGUGCCCCGUCUGCGGGGUGCCGGAGCUCCACCGCCCCACCCACCUGGCGGGCGCCUUGCACCAGGCCCGCGUCGCGGCGGACUGGGCUCGCCGAGCCGCGCCACCUCCUGCUGCACCUCCGGCAGCCCCCCGCCCGUUGGAGGUCGCGGAAGCCAUCCGGAUCCUCCGCCAAGUCCGCCCGGAUCUGCUCCGCGACCCGGCCCACGAGGAGGCCAUCUUAGACCUCGACCUCCACACCUCCCUCGAGUACACAGAAGAAACAAAAGAUCUAUUUUAUACUUACAUAAAAAUUGUACAUUUGGAAAUCACAGCACAUUUUAUGUCUAUCAAAUCCGCUUGA